CUUUUUUCCUGAAUUAGUUCAAAUUCAGAUAUAUUUAGAAGAUCUUUCUUUAUAUAAAAAAUAUUAUAAUCAACUUGUUAUAUCUGAUUUUUUGCAACAAGUUCUUUUGGAUGUGAAUUAUUCGCAAUUUUAUAAAAAUAAACAAAAUAAAGUACAUUAUCUUAAUUUUGAAGAUGAAUUGGUUGAAAAGCAUACUCGUACAGAGCAUGAAAAAAAUACUUGUGAAAUUGGUAUUCAAACUGAUGAAAUCAGUAUGCAAGUUAAUAAGAAGACUCGUGACAUUGGUAUACAAGUAUUUGAUAACACGUUAUAUACUUUUGAAAGUUAUCAUCUACAAGUGCAAUUAAAUAUAAAGUUAAAUGAGAUAGAAGAUCUUAAAAAACGUUUAGAAUAUGCAUACAACUAUGUAGUGGAAA